AUGCUCGGCAGCGCGAGGCUAUCCGCCAAUCGUUGCCCUCUCAGCAGCCGUUACUCUUACGCCUACAAUUGCAAGUUUGAAGUCAUGUGGCAUGCCGAACGGUGGUUUCAGAUGUGCCACUUCGUCCCUGCUUAUAUCCUCCAGCACAUUGCUCAGUCAGAGGCUGCUCCAGAGGAGGCGCGUCAGGCUGCCAUUCGCACCCUCUCAGUCGAUCAGGACUUUCGCGAACAGCGUGUCCAAGCCCUCGCCAGCGGUGAAGCACCCACUGCUCCCGAAAGUUCUGAUGUUUCGGCCGCCCAGGCACCAAUUGUGAGCUCAGGCUAUGUUCCCCCUGGCAUCCUCGAGCAUGUCGCCCAGAGCGAACUGGCAGACCACGAGACUCGGGAGAGUGCAAGGGCCACGUUGAGAUCAGAUGCUAAGAUUCGCGAACAGAGAGUUGCUCUUGUUGGCCCUGCGGCGACGGAUGAGCCCCUCGAUCCUGCAGCGCCCCCCCUUUUAUUGAAGCGCGUCAUUUACGAUGGGAAGAAUACGCCAGGUCUUCCUGGCAUCCUGGCUCGAAAGGAAGGUGCUCCGCGUACCCUCGACCGACAGGUGAACAAUGUCUACGACGGUAUCGGCAUCACGCUCAAGUUCUUUCACACCGUGCACGGCCGCAAGUCCAUCACUGGUGAAGGUGGUACUUUUCCUGCUACUGUUCAUCAUGAUAGCGACACUGCGAAUCCUCUUGGCUACAAUAACGCCUUCUGGGACGGAGUCAGUCAGUUUGCCUUUGGCGAUGGGGAUGGCAUCAUUUUUGAUCAUUUCGCGGAUUCCCUUGAUGUCGUCGCACACGAAGUGACCCACGCCAUCACCCAGUAUUCAGCUGGAAUCAACUAUGAGAAGCAGUCUGGAGGUCUGAAUGAGUCCAUCUCCGAUGUCUUUGCCGCAUUGGUUGAGCAGUGGCAAUUCCACCAGACUGCGGCUGAUGCCGACUGGCUCACUGGUCAGAAUCUCUUCCCCAUUGCUGUCAAAGGCGCGGCUCUCCGUGACAUUGCCAAUCCGGGAACUGCAUACAACGACCCUAUCCUCGGCCGUGAUCUCCAAAUUGCUCAUUUCAGCCAGUACAACGACAGCCUGGAUGUUCAUUACACCUCUGGCAUUCCUAAUCGGGCGUUCUACCUGACCGCAAUCGGCUUCGGCGGAUAUGCGUGGUUGAAGGCUGGGAAAAUUUGGUAUGACACUUUGACCGAUCCUCGCGUCAAGAAAUCUAUCAUUACUUUCAAAGAGUGGGCAGAUGUGACGGUUGAUCAUGCUACCAGGCUCUAUGGAGUUGCGGGAGCCCUCAUUGUCCGCGGUGCCUGGGUCUCCGUUGGUGUUCUUGUGUAAUUUGGCGCCCGCUGAA